AUGACUAGUGAUACUACUACUGUUGACCCCCUCGACCUCCCCAUCUGCACCACCUGCGGCACCCAGUUCUCAACUCCCACGCCGCCAACUCCAUGUCCGAUUUGCGAUGAUCCCCGUCAAUAUCUCCCUCCAACUGGACAAGACUACACAACCCUCCGAGCCCUGCGCGCCCCCACCCACGAACCACCCCUAAAGAACAUUCUCUCCCCGCUACCCUCCCAUCAUCCCAACUCCUCCAACAACAAGAUCUACACCCUCCACACCACCCCGAAACACUGCAUCGGCCAACGCGCCUUCCUCCUCCUCACCCCCCAUGGCAACAUCCUCUGGGACUGCAUCCCCUACCUCGACACCGACACCAUCACCAACAUCAACGCCCUAGGCGGUAUCUCCGCAAUCAUCAUCUCCCAUCCGCACUACUACGCCACGCAUUUAGUCUGGGCCGAGGCGUUUAACUGUCCGGUGUAUUUGUCCGCGGAGGAUAGGGAGUGGGUUAUGCGUGAAGAAGAAAAAGAUGAUUCUGGAAAGCAGAGGCAGAUAUUCUGGGAAGGACAAGAGGUAGAAGUCCUCCCCGGCAGCGGGGUGAUAGGAGUUAAAACAGGUGGUCAUUUCCCGGGCAGUUCGGUGCUGUGGUGGAAGGAUGAAAAGGUCAUGUUCUUUGCUGAUACUAUUGGGACGAUUCCUAGUGGGGUUGGGGAUUAUGGGGACAGAGGCAGGAGGGAGGGCACGGCGUCGUAUACGUUUAUGUGGAGUUAUCCGAAUAUGAUUCCUCUGCCGCCGGAUGAUGUGCAUGGUAUUUGGAAGGCUCUUAAACAUACCGAGUUUGAUCGGGCGUAUGGGGCGUUCAUGGGAAUGGAUACGGUUGGGGAUUGCAAGAAACGGGUGUUGGAUAGUGCGAAGAUCUUUGUUCGGGCUAUGGGGUAUUUGGACCAUGCGAUUCAUGAGGAGGAAUGUGCAUGA